AGGCUAAAGGAUGUGAGCAGGAGUGGCACUUGGGUCCCUUUAAAUAGAGCCGUCCUUAAACUUUGGACUAUCAGAUCAGCUGAAGUUUGCAAACAGCUUGCUGCAGAACUCAAAGCUACAUCCGAAAUCUCUGGGAUACAUUUUCUGUGUUUUGGGGGUAAAAGAUGGAAUUAACCAAGACAUCUGGGAUGAGGAACGCCGUUCUUGUGCUCUUACUGGCUGUUCUUCAGGGAUUUCGACAAGUAGACGCUUUUCCAAACCCAUCACCUCUCCUGGGAUCCAACUGGGGGAAUCCGAGAAGAUACGUACACCUGCAGACGUCUUCAGACCUGAACAAUUUCUACCUUGAGAUCAGUUUAAAUGGCCACGUGAGCAAAACUACACUUCGAAGCUCAUACAGUGUGAUGUUAUUGAAGGCGGAAACAAGAGAGCGCGUGGCGAUACUUGGAGUCAAAAGUAACCGCUACCUGUGCAUGGAUGCCCUGGGAAACCCUUUCAGCUCUACUGUUUGCCUCAAGGAAGACUGCCUUUUUAACCACAAGCUAUUGGAAAACCACCGCAACGUGUACUACUCUUGUAGAACUGGUAUUCUGCUCAACUUGGAAGGGAUAAAGCAAGUGUACACAGUGGGUCAGAAUCUACCGCAAACCUCCCUCUUCCUGUCGGAGAAGAACACCGUGCCGCUGGAGCGCCUCUUGCAUCGGGAGAAGAGGAACCGGGCGGUUGACCCUUCUGACCCGUACAACAUGCUGGGUCAAACGGAGGAGGACUCCCGGGCAAUGCCGCAACUGGAUGACACCUUGGAGGUGGACCAGGAGGCUGAACUCCCCGAGGGACGCAACAUCUCCCGGGAGACCCCUCAGUCUCCCUCCGACGACCCGUGGAACGUGCAUUCCCAAAACCCCCCUCCCAGCCCCCGUAUCAUGAAUGGAAUGAUGGGAUAAGAAGACAGGACACUCGCAGUUGUACACUUGGGUUUAUCAAUGUAAACUAUGUAUGUAUGCGUUCACGUUGGGUCUUUUCCAGCAGUUCUGCAAACAACCCUCAAAGUUUUAAACAGAUAUUAUUAGGGCAUAUUGGUCAUUUAUAUGUAGUCAUAAUAUGAAAUAUGUAGCCAAAGAAAUACCACAUUGGAACAUUUUAUUUCGGCCAUUCUUCACUAUAAGACAGUGAGUAACUAUUGGUUUCCGUGAUUUUUGAUUCCAGGACGCAAAUUCUGUAUUCUGUAUUUGAUUGCGCUCUGUUUACGGGGAGGAUUCUUAUGAGAAUCAUGCUGAAAUCCGAAAUAAUUGUGAGUCUUUUUUGGAGAAAAAAAAAAAGAGUUGAGCUGAAGUCACUUUAUUAAAUGUUAUAUAAUGCAAGAAGACUGCAACAAAAUACCAUUGAUAUGAAACUUAAACAUAUUCCAUCUAAAAUGAGCCAUACUAUAAUGUUGAAUAUGCCAGUAGGCAUGCAUGUUAUAAUGCAUGUUCUUCAAGUGAGACGUUUAAUUUUAAACGGAAAUGAAUGAUCCACUCUACAGGGUACCAGAACGAAUAUAAACCACAUGUUAUAAAUGCUGGCCACCAAAAGCAAGCAACAAAGCCAAUUCCAUUAAAGUUUUAAGAAUUUAUUUAUUUAAAUCCAUUUAUUGUUAUUUAUUGUAUACUAUUUAUAUGGAUGCUUAGCUGUUAAAGAGUUAUUUAGAAAACCUGUAAGUUAUGAGGAGACUAUGUGUGUGGGGGCUAGUGACAUUUAUCUUGAAUAUUUUUUAUUAUGUUGAAGAAAAUAGGACUUUUUCCAAUGAAUGAAUUUAUAUUCUAUUUUAGAUCAAUAUUUUAGAACUUCAGGAUGAAGAAUUGUAUACUCACAACCACUUCAUCCUAGAAUUCUAUGUAUGAUGCAAUCAUAUAAGUACAGGCUAAAUGUGUGAGGAAGCUCUGUGUCACAUUAAGUGCGUAAGCAGGUUGACCAUUGACUCAUUCACUUUGAGCUUCCAGUCAUUAAGGUUGCGUGUCCCACGCUUCCGCAUCUCAUUAUGGAGAAAAUUGGCAUAUCUUAGUUCCUGCCAAACCAUCUUCUAAAAAUAAACAUUUCCACAUUCUAUUUUUGUUUCAAUCUCACUAAGUAACAUGUUGGAGGUGUUUUAGUCAAAGGAACACAUGACGGUGACCACUAACCUUUGUCCUGUUUCACUUUGAGGUUAAACCACAUUGACCUGGCUGUCACAUCUGAGAGGAGCCUUAACAAUCUGUGGCGGUCAUGAGUGAAGGCACAUUUUUUUGGGAUUGAAUUUGCUCUGAGCAAUUUUCUACUGUAAAAAGGGUCCAUUAACAGCUAAAAAGCACAGCUAAAUGAAUAGUAGAUUUAGUGUAGAUAUUUUUCAAUAUUUUUGAGGCAGUUUAUUCAAAUGUUGCAAUAUUCCUUCAAAGGAAGAACUGUAAUAACACUCAAGUUGAAUAAGAUUUAAGCAAACCCACCCAUUCAUGUUGAAGGAUCAGAUUUAGUACAGAUGUUUAUGCUGCCACUGGUGCCUUUGGAGCAUUACUCAUGGUUGUCUCUGGAACAAUCUAGACACAGGUCAGUAGCUGUCGCAUAAUUUUCAAUUGCCCCAGUUCUUUUGAUCUGUCACGCUCAGCCUGAACACUGAAACAAAGUGAAUUAUAUCAUGUUUAAAACAUGAGAAAGUUCACAACUCGGAAGUGGCCCCUCAGGUGAUUAAACCUGAUAUUUCCCAACCUGCAAACAUCCACUGGUUCAAAUCCUGCUUUGCAUAAAGAAACUACAAGACUGGCACACUCUAUUGCCUCUUAUGCAACCUUUAGUGACAAUUACAUUUGUCACUAAAUCAGAGGAAGCUUGUGACCAUUUAUGAACUCUUGAGAUACAUGGCCAUUGAACAUGUUAAACACCAAUAUUGAAGCCUUUUAUUGGCAAUACAAUACCAAACAAUACUGUAACGCUGUACUGCUUGUAUAUGAAAAUGACAAUGUGUACAAUAAAGACAAAAAAACUG